AUGAAGAAUGCUGCCCAGAAUUGCCCAACCCCUUUCAUUGGAAGUUUUAACUAUGUGUUUAAUAAUGGUUUUUCAACAUAUUGUGAUAAUGCAAGUGUUUGGGAUGUUUGUUCCAAUCCAACACAAAUGGUGGUUAAAUAUACCCUGUGUUCAACAACACAAUUUUAUUCAAACGGCGGUGUUGCAUAUUGCGCCUUUUCAACGUUUGUAGGAAGUACUUACUACGUCACAGUGAUCAAUGCUGACAGUGCUGUGGAUUUUUCUACCACAUUUCGAUUCACUUGUUAUGCUGUGAAUAGUUCUGAUGGAUUUGUUUAUGCAAGUGACAAUAAAGGAGCGUGUGUACCGGAACAGGAUCCACAAACCAGGUUAGCAACAGGAACCGGAACACUGAUCUUAUCUGCUCGUGAAACAUGUUCCUUUAACCCAGCUUCUUCUCAGAUGAAUUCGAAUAGCUACAUUGGUAUCGUGAUUGGCGCUAUAGCAGGGGCACUUGUCUUAGCAGCAGCAGUACUUGUGUUUGGGACAUUGUUGUGUAAAAAAUAUAAAGCACGGAUCAUUCCACAUGAACACAGAGAAGAUGACUCGUAAAACUCUAUGUACAAAUUGAACCACCUAUUAUUAUCAACAAAGUCAAAGAGCUAGAAUGCCAACUAGUAAUAUUUGCUUUAAAAAACUAUGGACAAAAAAUUACUGUAAUAAGCUACAUUGAGAUAUUCUCGGUGAAUAUUUUGUCAUUCUACUUUUGAAUACUACUACAUGUACGUCAUUGUACUAAUAAAGCUUUU